AAACGUAUUGUUGGUGGAACCAAUGCUGUACCACAUAGUCAUCCUUGGCAGAUAUCAUUAAGAUCCACAAUUAAUGGUGUUACUGAUCAUAUCUGUGGUGGUGUUAUAUUGAACAGUACAUGGGUUCUUACUGCUGCGCAUUGCGUGGAUGGAAUACGAGAGCUUGAUCUUCAUAUUACUGCUGGUGGUCAUUUCUUGCAAACUCCAUCGGAGCACCAAGUAACUUCAAAUGUUCUUCAGAAAUUUAUGCAUCCAAGUUACGAUCCGAAUUUCACUGGUUAUCCCAAUGAUUUAGCUUUACUGCGAUUAGAAACUGCAGUGCUGGAGAAUGUUGGAAUAAAGUAUGGAAGUCUUCCAGUUGAUGACACUAAUGAUUUUAUUGUUAACAAUGGGUGUUAUAUUACUGGCUGGGGAGACACGGAAGGCUCUGGACAACAUUCAAACGCACUGCAAGUUGGCUCUACCAAUGUAGUAUCAAACCCAGAUUGUAUAUCUGCUCAUGGUUUAACUGGCACCUUCGGUAUAAGAGAGACUAAUAUAUGUUUUGGUUUGAGUCUCAGCACAUCGUGUAAUGGAGAUAGUGGUGGCCCAGCUGUUUGUAAUGUUACUGAUACUAUGUAUGUUGUUGGUAUAGAUUCCUGGAGAAGAACAGGUUGCCCUACAGAUUAUCCUAGUAUAUAUACCCGAGUUAGUAAAUACAUAGAUUGGAUACUCAAUACUAUUAAUGCAAAUUAA